GCGCCUGCAAGACGUAUCGCGGUACAUCACAUCCACCAACUGACUCCCUUCAACACCUACAGCCUCAUCAACACUCAAACAUCGCCAUCGCCAUUCUCCUCUUCAGAUGACCACCACUGAUGUCCCCGAUCGUUCCUCAUGGCGCGCCGAAAGCGUUCCAGUUCCGAUUCGUCUUCAUCUGCUACAUCUCAGAAACGCGUGGCCUUCGAAAUCCCCGCCUCGCUACAACAGCUCUCCACCAUUUCACGAUCACUAGCGACAAGCACUGAUUCCAGCAGGCCAAGUGCCUCUCAAGUUCGCUCACAGCCAGCAGAGCCGCAACCCAGCUCGAGUCCCUCUCAAUCCUCCUCUAUCGCACUCUCCUCCUUCCCUGUAGCAAGCCGUCCGAACCCUCGCAAGUUCAUUAUUCACAAGCGAUCGCUCCCUGAUGCCCAAUCCUGGCCUCAGCCUAUGACACGACCUCAAUCAUACAAUGCCGAUGCUACACCUCCAGCGAGGCUCAAAAACGAUUCGAAUUCCCCUGCUGUCGUUUCCGUCAGCGAAGGCACACCAGCUGCCGUAGCACCGGCACAUCAUCUACAACUCAAUGCGAACAAUGCAGUCUCGAAAGCGGCCCCUGCACCAGAGCCGGCUCUCAAGCCAGGCGAGGCACCAUCUUUGACGACCCAUCCUAAUCUGAUUGCGUCCUUAAUCGCACAGAAGAGGGCCGAAAAUGAGGCAAUGGGCUUCCGAGAAAAAUGGGCAAAAUUGCAAGCCGAGUACAAGAAGUCCAAAUCUGCCCCGAAAUCCACUCCAUCAAAGACUGCCUCGAAGUCCCCUUCAUCAAAGACAAAGUCCACUCCCUCAAAGUCUGCCUCGAAGUCCUCUACAUCAAAGACCGCCUCAAAGUCUCCCACGGCAUCAUCAGGACCUCGAUCGUCGCGAGCGAGCGCCCCUGAUACGGCCGUGCCUAAUUCGGACGUAGUCGUAGCUAACAGAGUGUCUGCGCCUGCCACAGGAAAUUCCAAGAAGAGAAAAGCUACAAGAGAUUCUACAAAAGGAUUGCUGACCGGGGAUAUGAAAAAGGCAAACCCUACAGGAGAUCCAAGAAAGCAAAAGGGAGUCCAUGCACGGCAAUCGACAGAGUCUGAAUCCUUGCUCGGCUCUCCAGUUCCCUCUCAGGUGGCAGAUGUGCUUGAGAAGCCUGCGCAUAAUGUCGGCCGCAAGGGCACAUCUCAAUCAGUGUCCGCCUCUAGCAGACCCUCGACGAAUAAUACACCGAUCCUACAGAAUCGCGAACAUCAGAGGCCGCUGCCAACGGCACCUGCCCCUACACAAAUCCAUGCAUCGACGGAGCAUGCAUCGAUCCCUUUCUUGCUGUCGGAAAACACCUUUGGGGACCAGUCACACAGUCGAUCCCAGAACCCCAUGAGCCAAAUCGGUCAGGUUCCUCCUUACAGCAACUCACCAGAUGUCGUGCAACAGCAUGCAUAUGCCAGGGCUUCAAUAUCUAGACAAAACUCCCAAUCCCAACUGAAAGCAUAUGGCUCUCAGGCUCAACUUUCCUCACAGACACCGGUGAUGGGAUCUAACGCGUAUUUCGCUCGAUCUCCCUCUAUGUCUGGGUAUUACAAGAUGGACAUGCAAGGCAAUUUUUACAAUUCGGACCCCAGCCCAACCACCCAAGCCGGUACGAACAGAUUCGAUGCGGCUGAGGUCUAUGGCCGGUCUUCGACGCCGAUGGGCAUGACUUAUUCCGGACACCUUGGACAUAAUCCAAACGCAUACAUGGUCAAUAUGCCCCGUCCAACAGGAACACUGCCUUCUUAUGGUGCCCCCAUGGCUCCCACGACAGAACAACCCAAGAUGCAGUCUUCGAAUACUAAUAUGAUGAUGAGAGCUGGCGAUCUGGUAGCUGGUACCAAUACGAAGUUCAAUGGUUCCACGAAUGACGGAUUUGUUGUCCCAAAGAGAUUCUAGGAAGCACUUUCUUUUAUUGUUGGUCCUAUGAGAGAGAUGUCUAGAGACUUGCGGGUCUUAGAUCGGCUCACACGAUACAGUCAGAACUGAGACCCUUUUUGACGAAGCUGAAUGCUAGCGCAGACAAAUAUUGAUGGAUAUUGGAGUUGAGCAAAUUGUAUUUCACACGCGCAUUGGCGGUCAGCGAUGGCGUUUCCGGGGGUUUAUUUUGUUUUGACACAUCCAGGUCCCCAUGCCUUGUACAUUCUCGGGAGGAAAGAUAGGGAGAGGAAAUGCUGUUAGCGUUCAUUGCGAUUUGUUAGCGGCUGAGUUCUCAACACUACAAAGAUGGUAGUGGAUACAUGGCCACACAGAAACCCCGUACCCAUGAACGGAUGGCGAUAUGUAGAGUUCAAGUAUUUGAGGCGCGCAAAGCACUAUUGUGUAUUAGAGAGACGGAGUAGAAGUACCUAGGUACUCACUACGACGACCAAGCUUUUGACAAG